GGCAGAAGGGCAGGACCGCAUCCCGGAGCUGCCAGAAGUAGCUAGCUCUUUAUCCAGUCGUAACCUUUUCCUGUUUGGUUAAUAUUACCAAAGAGAGCCUUUCGGGGCUUUGCCGUCAAGGUUACUCCACAGCCUCACCUGGAAAUUUAAGUCUGAAUCGAGAGGCAACACAUCUCAGAGCGUCUGCCGACACCUCGGAUAAAGUGACGGACGGAGCAGAGCCUGCUCUCCGGGAUUUUACAUCGCAUCGCAUCAGUUUAGGAUAUUCAGGCAGCUACUUUGGCCCAGCCUUGAUCUCUUUCAGGGUACCUUCACACAAUAUUGCCUAGAUGAAAACAUUUGAAUGAUACAUUUCUCAUAAGGUCGUCAAAAUUGAGCAGGCGGACCACGAAACCCAUGCGUAACAGCGGGGGGAUUUUUUUGGAAUACUGCGUAGCCGCUAAACCUACCCAGUGUGUCGGUUAAGAGUUCUGCUAUUUGGAGAUAUCUUCAAGCGAGAGGAAGAUCAACCGGGACCCUGUACCUACUUUGAUUCGGAGGCUAAACGGUGAAAACCCGAAGCACACUUGGUGCGCAAUCCUUCUGAGGACGCUCUUGAAAUUGCCGACCUGCGCUUUUGCCCUCGACAAAAAUUGGCAGCCGAAUCGAGAAAAAAAGGCAAAGCUUAUUAACUUUGCAUGCUAGAGGCUAGAGUGUGGAAUCUAAUUUGCAGGGUUACCGCUACAUUUGCAUACCGUCGGAAGACGAGGAUAAACUUAAUCAACAUUUGACAUCGACAAAGCAGCAUCUGGAUUUUGGGGCAACAGAAUGAAUCCGUUUUAAUUUGGACCGCAGAAGUAUGAGGCAGAUUGCUCAGUGAAUGCUACGAUCUGCAUGGAGUUCUAGUGUACACUACGGAGCAAUUUAUGGUUGGCCGCAGAACUCCCCCGGCUGUUGUACUGUGCCCACCUCGCCAUGCUGGCCUGUUUGCAGAGGAGGCAAAACCCUCAACCCCAGCACCCAGUGUGUGCCAGCAAGACCCUGGAGCCACCACAAGCCCUUGGACGGAAAUGUGAACUAGUAGUGCCCACACACUCCCCUCGCUACCCCACUGCAGCAGAACUUGAUGCCUAUGCUCAGAAGACAGCCAACAGCCCGCUGUCCAUCAAGAUCUUCCCCACCAACAUCAGGGUUCCCCAGCACAAGCACCUUAACCGGACUGUAAAUGGAUAUGACACCACAGGCCAACGCUAUAGUCCCUACCCACACCUCCACACAGGGGGCUACCAGGGUCUCCUUGCUAUUGUUAAGUCCUCCUCCUCGUCAUCGUCAUCAUCGUCAACAUCCACCUUCGUCUCUUCAAAAGGUGUUCUCAAGAACUCCGAAGGCAGACGGACUAAGCUCUCUCCAGCCCACAUAGCUGUUGCCCCAUACCCGCCCCCUAGUAGUAGCACUUUAGCCAGUGGCCAUGGCCAAAUGGUAUACCACACUGGGCCCUCAAAGCCUCCAGAAGGCCCCAGACUGUCAGUGCCCCCAAAUGUCACUGUAGCUGGCUCAGUGAUCCCUGUAACGGGGGGCCGAGGCCUGGCCUUGCCCACGCAAUCCAACCUUCCCUCCAUUCAGAGCAUCAUCUAUCAGAUCAACCAACAUUGCCAGGCCCAGGCUCUGCAGCAGGUGUGUCAAGGGGCUGCCACCGCACCAUCGAAUUCCAGCCCUUCCAAGCAGGGCGCGGCUGUCAUGGGGGUCUCUUCUAACUCCUCCGGUGGAGGCUAUGUGGUAGGAAUGGGUCCCCAGGCUAACAUGGUAUAUACAGGUCAGGGGCUGCCGGCUCAGAACUCAGAGGCGAUGAAGACUGGUGUGUACGCAGAUGGUAUGGACUACAUACUAUGGCAGAAGCAGCAGCAACAUCAGCAGCAACAGCAGCAGCAACAGGCUGUGCUCCGCAUGUACAGUGGAGGCAGUGGAGGAGGGGGCGCCAUCAGCAAGUCCCCGGAAACUUGUGUUCCAGGAGGAGGGAUUAUGGGUGCCCAGGUGUCCUCCUCUUCUUCUAGACCUUACCACCUGACUGCCAGUGCCAGUGGAGGAGGCGGGCUGGACAAAGUCAGCUCUUCCCCUUUGAACUGCGUGGGUAUGCACGGAAACUUCUCAGUGGGUCAGUACUUUGCGCCACCGUGGAACAGCGUGCUGGUGACACCUGACAGUGACUGCUACAAUCCCCAGGAGCUUUUGGGCACCUCCACCGGAGGGCCGGCCACAGGGCACAGAGAGAUGGGCUACCCUCACCACCAUCACCACUAUCACCAUCACCACCCUGCUAUAGACAGCGGGGGAGGUUUGUGCUGCAGCCUGCCCAGCAAAAGCUUGUGCAACACGUCUGUGCUGAGCAGCAGCUUGCAGUCUCUGGAGUACCUGAUCAACGACAUCCACCCACCCUGCAUCAAGGAGCAGAUGCUUGGCAAAGGCUACGAGACUGUGUCUGUGCCACGUCUCUUAGACCACCAGCAUGCACACAUCCGCCUCCCUGUUUACAGAUAGAGGGGGAAGUAAAGGAAACGAAUCAAGAGUUGUGAAUUUGUGAAGAUUCUCCAAGUUUAAAAAACAAAACAAAAAAAAAAACCAGAUGUUUUUUUUGGGAGGGGGGGCAGGGGGUUGAUGCGAGUGCCACUGCUUUAACUAGUGUGGGUGCUUAGAGAAGAGCAGUUGUCGUGCUGUGUGGCCCUAGGUUUGGUGGUUUCAAGGUAGGCUGUGGAAAUCCCAAAUACAAAAAGUGGUAGUGAUUGCCAGUGGGAAUGAAAAGGGAUUUCAUGAUUCUCCUGAUGUUCCAGCUUGUGGUUUGCCAAUAGGAUUUUGAAUUAAUUAUAUUUUUUGGUCUCCUGUUUUUGUUUUGUUUCUUGUUUUUGUUUUUUUCUCAUGCCUGAACUUGUUUUGACCAGAAUCAUAGCUUGACAUGAAGUGCAUAAGCCACUUGUAUCCCCAUUCUAAAUACUAAGGAUGAAGCUACUGUGUAGGUUGUCACUGAAAUGGUCACAAAAGGGCCAAUAUUUAGGGCUGCUCUCAAAAUCCAAACUCUGUAACAGUACACACACGUGAACACCUACAAAAGACAAAAAAACAAAACAUGUACUGACAAGUGAGAAGACUAUAGGCUGUACUCGGGUGUUAUGUACAAGGAUCAUAAGGUUGAGUUAAAAGGCUAGUACGAUAUUAGUUAUUAUUGCUGUUAUAAUAAUUGAUACAUAAAUUGCACUGCUUGAAUUUUGUUAACUUUGAAGUUUGGAAUUGGGUAGUUUGGAUAUGAUAUAUUUAAGAAACUUGAAAAACUUGAACCUAUUUUUUGUUGUUUGAUAUAUUUGUAGGUAUAUUAUAUGUAUUUGGCUGCUAUGGGGAAAAGUGUCUCAAAUGCUUUUUUUUUUUUUCAAUUUAAUUUUAUUCUUUUCCACUUUUUGUUUUGAUGACUUAAUAAUUUCUCCUCUGGCUGACGUGCAGUUUCUUAUGUCCUGGUGUGAGGCAUAGUUGCUGCUUUGGUUCUGUAAGAACCUGUUUGGAGAGCUGUUUUUUUUCCUAACCAACACUGGAAUCAUACAAUACAAUAAAUAC